AUGACACCAGGCGGCGAGAGCCAACCGCUGUCCCUGCGACCGCCUCCUGUCGCCGAUCGCAAACCUCGAAACAUCGCCGAAUUCAUUGCGCGAGUUAACGCGCAACCGGGUGGCUUUCGAGCUCUAUCAGAAGCUAAACUCAGGGAGGAGAUUGCUCAAGAGAAUGCGACAAACGGAGACUCCCAAGAGAAAGACGUAGAUAUGGACGAAGCCGACGAAGACGACGACGAAGAGGAUCAGGAUGCGACCAGAGAUCCCCAAGAAGUGCGCAUGGAGAUGUUCAAGAACCUUGACAUCGCAGGAAAUACGGCCCUCCUUACCCUCGACUUCCUCUCCCUCCUCAUUUCGAAGCAGAACCCUACACAAGCCGGCAUUACCCUCUCCCAAGGCCUACGCGACAUGGUGGGAAUCGGUACGAUAGGCGCUGAUAAGCUCGACAACUCGCCCAUUACCCUAGCCAAGGCACAAGAGCAGGAGAAUAUAGCACUUGGCUUCACGUUGAUGCAAACCAACAAGGUACGCGACGCUGCCGAAGCUGCGAGCUCUGUCCUCCAAAAGCAAGUCACGGCCGAGGGAAAGUACUGGGAGGAUAUCGUCGCCGUCCAAAAGUCGGGGUGGUCUAUAACUAGGGUUCCCAUGGAGAGGCACACACUGGGUGUUCGAUUUGGCUUCUCGGAAGGCAAAAAUAGCCUUGCACCCAUGAGGAGAGGUGCCGACGGGACAGUCCAGCUUGACUGCGGUAAACUGGGAGGAGUUUCGGAGAGAGUCGUGGUGACGUUCGAGAGGGACGGUAAAAUUGCUGGUCGCUCUGCUUUACCAGCCGAGACAGCUCUCGAUGCCCCCCUUGAAGAGCAUGUCCUGGAAGCUCGAAACACCAUCUUCUCACAAGAGCUUUGGCAUGAGCUUACGCGAGAAGCCCGUACCCUGGCAGCAUAUGAUGUUAAGCCAGCUGGCUCCCGGCUUACCUGCGACAUUGAUCCAGGGUCCAAGUCAAGAAUCAUCCUUGAGUUGGUACCACUCGGCACUUAUGCUUCGUCAAACGAUGGCCUUCCAGACAACCACAUCGCUGAGGCGAUAUCGCUAUCUUUACACAUUCUCCUGGGUUAUGCCCACAGACAAAACGAACUGCUAAGGACACGUCCUAUGCCUCCUCAUAUCCCACGAUCUCGAGGCCAGCAAACACAUGCCCUUCUUCGCCCUAUCAUCGCCCGUCUCAUGCAUUUUAGUAACGUCAGGAUUGUUACCCAGCAUGUUGGCGACCUUGUCAAGUCGCUACAGCGAGCUGGAAUCCUCUCUAAUUUCGUUCUCAGCACCCCCAAAAUGUCCCCCUCAGAUUCAGACACCUCAACUCAAGGACCUAACCAACUCGCGUCUUCGCAGGCCAUGAUCAAGAAUAUGCUGAACCAUAUUGAAUUCAACAUAAAACUUACCAUACUCCCCAACAUCACCUGCACUGUUCGUGGCCGCACAUUUCAAGUUCCUGUCACAGCGACCCAUUACACUGUGAUUUUACCGCACAAUUCGCCACUAUCAUCUGUUUGCGCCCCCUACAAAGAAGGAUACCCCGACCCCAACGCUUUGGCCGAUUAUCUCGGCACCGCCGCCACGCGUCUGCUCGUAGAGCACUACCUUUCCAACCUUUCGUCUCCAUGGACGCGGAGUAUCCAGGGCAACGUCAUCCGUAACCGAAGCAGUGAGGAGUUUGAGUUGUCGUUUGCUGUUACAGAGACGUCAGACUUACGUGUGAGAAGCACAUCUUUGGUUGACGGUAAGCUGGCGCGCCAGGAAUGGACGUGGUCGGACGAUGGUGAAAAGGAAAGUGUGCAGGCUAUAGUCGAUCAAGUGAUCCGAAGGAUAUCAUCACAAGAUGGGAUCUAA